CAAAGUUCUAGGAAGGAGUUAUAACUUGUCUAGGUAUUGCUAUGGCAAUAACUGCAAACAUUUUAAGUUACUUGUACGUAGAGAUUACACGCUCGAUUUUUAUCUAUUGAUAAUGUCAGCUGACCUUGAUAAAUGUGAUAUCAUAGGAUGUGUACUUAAGAGUUUUAGUGAAGGAGUAUUGGACGUUACACUACAGGAUGGCAAACCAGUUAUAGUAGGAAGGGGGCCAGUUACAAAAGUGAAAGAGAAACGGUGCUCAAAGAAACAAGUGCAGGUUCAAGCAAACUAUUCACAAGCUACUGUGACUCUGACACACCUGGGAGCUAACCCUUGUGAGGUAGAGGGUAAGUUAUACCAUAUUAACAGCAGACUUGAGCUCACAGAAGGAAAGACAAUAUUUCUUUUGAAAGGUAUCCUUCCAUAUACCAUUGUAUUUAUGAGGCGAUCACCAAGAAAUAAGAAAGUGGAGCUUGAGAGUCUCAAGGAUGUUAAAAUGUCAAAAGGCAGUAAUAAAACUGGCACUCUUAAAGAUUUUUUUACCACUAAAAAUGAAGGAAGUCCAAAUAAAAGAAAAAGUGAGCAAACUGAAGAUGAAUGUCCAAGGCUGAGUGGAAGAAAAAGAAAACUUGAUUCAGGUAGUGUAGAUGGUGAAGAUAACAGUUUAGUUCAACAAGAUGGUGAUGAUGAGGACCACAUACAAGAUGUCAAAUCUCGUCUUGAACAAAUGCAAAAAGACAUGGAAUCUUCAUCAACUUCUCUAAAGAAGAAACGUUUUGUAAAUAUUUCUAAGCCCUCGGAAGUAAACGAUCAGGAACAUGACUCUUCUAACCCUUGGAAAGAAGUGAAUAAUGGAGAGCUUUUAAUCUUUACAGGGAAGGGUAUUGAGCCAAGAGAAAAAAUAGCUGGUUUUGAUCUUGAUGGGUCUUUAAUCACCACAAAAUCGGGAAGAGUGUUUCCUACAAGCCUUCAUGAUUGGAGGAUAUUGUUCCCAGAUACUUAAACCCGUCUUAUCUUUUCUACCAGGAUAUUGUUCCCAGAUACUUAAACCCGUCUUAUCUUUUCUACCAGGAUAUUGUUCCCAGAUACUUAAACUUGUCUUAUCUUUUCUACCAGGAUAUUGUUCCCAGAUACUUAAACCCUUCUUA